AUGGAUGCGAAGAGAUUCCGCGUCUGUGGGGACGAGAACGUGCCCCCGUCGUCCUUGCAAAACCAUAAGACAAUUCACCAGCGCAACAAGUCCAGCCCGGCUCUGAACAUGAUGGCUCAGAACGGCACGAAGAACGGAGUGCGUCGUGCCUUUGGCGAUGUUAGCAACACCAAGCGUACCAGCCGCGACGAUUCUGUCCUGGUUGGAAAGCCAACUACUCUGCCUGAGAAGGGUGGAAUGUCUCAACCGGCCCAGCGACAGAUCCCUCUUGCUGUAACCAAGGGACUCGUUGACAAGGUCACCGGGGCCAAGCCAAUGAACCCUGCCGGGAAAGCCCAGCCGGCAUACAAGACCACGAAGCGCAACAACACUAUCUUCAAAGAUCAACUGCAACCCGUCCCCGAGAAGGACACAUCCAAGGAAAACAACCGGACCAUUGAAACUGUCCAAGCCCCGGCGAAGCUCGUCGAAGCCAAUGUCAAUGCCAUCAAGGAAGCUGAGAAGGCUAACGUUGCCCCGGAACCAUACAAGGCGCUUCACGAGGAACUGCCAAGCCACAUCGAAUCCGACGCGACCAUUUCCGAGCCCGAAGACAUCAAGGAGGUACAAGCUAAGGAGAUAGUGUUGGCCGUGUCGGAACCAGAAGAAUACUGGGACGAAGAUGAGACCGAGUACUACGCCGCUCCGACCUAUCCCUCGCGUGGAGACAAUACCACCGGCGGAACUGCUGUUAUUUACCCGAAGAUGAAUGCCAUGACCAGGCGUCAGAUGUUCCUGGCCAAGGAUAUUGUUGAGAGCCAACUGACCGAGGAGGAUAUCAUCGAAGAUAGAUAUGACACCACCAUGGUUGCAGAAUACAACGACGAGAUUUUCUUGCACCUGCGACAGAAGGAGAUUGACAUGCUUCCUGUCCCUGACUACAUGGCGAACCAAUCCGAGAUCCAGUGGUCCAUGCGUUCAGUUCUCAUGGACUGGCUCGUCCAGGUACACCAACGCUUCAAUCUGCUUCCUGAGACUCUAUACCUCACUGUCAACUACAUCGACCGCUUCCUAUCCCACAAGAUUGUUUCACUGGGCAAGUUGCAGCUUGUGGGUGCAACUGCCAUCUUCAUUGCGGCCAAGUUUGAAGAGAUCACCGCUCCUUCGGUCCAGGAGAUUGUUUACAUGGUUGACGGCGGCUAUUCUGUGGAUGAAAUCCUGAAGGCUGAGCGUUUCAUGCUUACUAUCCUCGACUUUGACCUGGGAUGGCCCGGCCCAAUGAGUUUCCUCCGACGCAUCAGUAAAGCUGAUGAGUAUGAUCUCGAAACUCGUACUGUGGCCAAGUACUUCCUUGAGCUCACCAUUAUGGAUGAGCGCUUUGUCUGCACUCCCCCAGCUUUGUUGCUGCCGACCCCUGCCCAUGCUUUCUACAGCGGCUACCUUUAUGCCCAGCUAAUUCCUGUGCUCCUUACUAUGCUCGACUGCUGUGAGAACCCUCGCCGUCACCACGCGGCCAUCUUCGAGAAAUAUUCCGACCGUCGCUUUAAGCGCGCUUCAGUAUUUGUUGAAGCCGAGCUCGCACAUGACUUCGCCCUCCCAGAAGUCUCCCAUCUGAGUGACCCUGAUCGCCUGGACGGUACGGCCAAUUUCUAG